CACACACACACCACGCACACGCCCGGCUGCAACAUGACUGACUGACGAACGGACGGACGGACAGGGACGCCGGGCUCUGGACGGAUUAUUCACCCCGCGCCAGGGACACGCAGGAAAUCACCCACCCCGCGGGCCGGGGGAGGGGGCAGGAGGAUCCCCAGCCCUCGCCGGUGGACGGUGAGCGCCCCGGGUGCCGGAGGAGCUUGGCCAGUCAAUGAAAGAGGAGAUCCACGGCUCCAUCUGCUGGAGUUCGCACCCACCAGCAAGAGUUGCUCUUCACUGAAUGCACUGCACUCCGGCACACUUGUAUUAAUUUAUUGGCUGUGAAGAGCCACGGACACUUUGUGCCCUGAUGGGGGACUCAGGAUCCAGACGAUCAACUCUAGUAUCUCGAUUGCCAAUAUUCAGGAGAAGUGUUAGCCGGAGACAUGACUCUCUUCCCUCCUCACCUUCUUCUGCUAAUGCCAUUGGUGCCCACACAUCCUCCCCAUCCAGCACUAACUCCAGCUCAGGGAGCACCGGCAAACGCCGAAGUAUCUUCCGCACACCUUCCAUUAGCUUCCAUAACAAGAAAGGGAGUGAGCAGAAGCCUGACUCUGCUAGUCAAAAUGUUAACGUCUCAAAUGGUGCCCAGUCCUCUCUCAGCACUUUUGAAAAACUGAGCUUGGAGGAACAAAUUAAAAGCAGAGGAAGACAUUCAGUUGGCUUUGGCAGCUCACGUAGCAAGAAGAUAACAAGGUCUUUGACAGACGAUUUUGAAAAGGGAAAGGAGCCCUCAGCUAAUAAGAAUGUCUUUAUAAAUUGCAUAAGCUCUGGGAAGAAUGAGGGUGAUGAUUCAGGCUUUGCAGAGGAGCAGAGCCGAUACUCUGUCAAACAUUCCACGCGGAAACUUCUCCCAAAAUCUUUCUCAUCGCACUACAAAUUUUCUAAACCAGUACCGGAGAGUCAGUCAGUUUCCUCUGUGCAGCAGUCCAGGUGUUUGCUAGAGAUUAAAUCGUAUGUAGAAAGUGAACCUGUGAUCACCAAGUCCUCUCCUCCGUGUUCAGCCGAGACGACAGAGUGCAUGGGAAGCUCCUUACAGUCCCCACUGCUCUCAGCUGACCUUACAGCUGCCCAGACCCCCUCUGACUUUCUUGCCCUAACAGAGGAUUCUGUUUCAGAGGUUGAUGCUCUGGCCAGCAGCGGGACUGGGGUGCUGCUUACAGAGGAUUUUGGCCACAAUGUCUCUACCUCUCAGAUCUUUAAUCCUGCUGCUGCUCCUGCGGAGGAAAUGGAUAUUGUACAAAGUACUGGCCAUUCUACUGGUGUAUCUCCUGUGAGUCAUGCAAGCUCAUGUAGUGUUGAAUCUAAUCCCUUAUUCAAAACCUCAGAUCCUAAUCAAACAGAAGUAUUGUUGCAGGCCAAUGAACUACGUAUCAACGAUGCCAGGCACAUAGGAGAAAUUAACUCUGCAAACGCACAUUUAGAAAACUUUGCGUUACAGCGUAGAGAAGAAUCAGUGAUACCCUCUUCAAAGGCACAGGAGUUGGGUGGGAAUGGAGAUGAAAGCACACCAUCCAAGCACACAGGCGAGACAAUUCCUGUAAUGGACUCUCAAAUUGUUCCAUGUUCUGAACCUCAGCCCUUUAAACCACAACAGGGUUAUGAAACAAACCGUUCUAAAGUUGAUCUUGCCAAUAGCUUCAGUCCAUACCGAGAAGGCAGAUUUGUUGAGAAGCGACUGAGAUCCUCUUCAGAAGGUACUGCUGGAGGCAGUCGGCUGAUCAUAAAACCGAAGGCUGGAAAUACAGAAGAGCUUAACAGCCUACGGAAGCAGAGAGCAAGCUCAUCCUCUUCAAAAAUGAACAGCAUGGAUGUUUUGAAUAACUUGGGUUCCUGUGAGUUGGAUGAAGAUGACCUCAUGCUUGACUUGGAGUUCCUAGAAGAACAACAUCACCAUCGUUCUGUUUGCCGGGAAGACUCAUACCAGUCGAUAGUCUCAUGUGCUGCUGUAGUACUUACCCCUGUAGAGCCAGCAGUGGAUACAAGGAAAAAAGAACAGACAAUAAUGCCUGAUGUGUCUAAACAGAACCUAUCUCUGAAGCUGUCGAAGGAGGUAGACCAAGGAGAAGCCAGGUAUCCUCGUGUUAGCCAGCUGGCUGGCAGCCCAUCUGUGGAGCGGCCUUUUACUGGUCUGGAAGAGGGUGGAGGCAUUGAAUCUUUGCCCUUCAGAUUGAUGCUGCAAGAUUGCACAGCUGUAAAGACGUUGCUUCUGAAAAUGAAGAGGGUACUUCAAGAGAGUACAGACAUGAGUCCAGCUAGUAGCACCACCUCACUCCCUGUUAGCCCUCUUCCUGAGGAGCCAUUAUUUUUCAAGGAUGGAAUAAAAGAUGAAUGCUCAGUGCUGAAGCUGCAGCUGAAGGAGAGAGAUGAACUCAUAGCCCAACUUCGUGAGGAGCUGGAAAAGGCUCAGUGCUUUCAGAAGGCUCUUGCUUCUCAAGCAGAUAAAUCCACGCAGACAGAACUCGUAGGCCAUGAUGCUACAUAUCCAAACAGAAUGGUGAGCCAAAGUCUCAGCACAAGGGACAGAAAGUCAGCACAUACUCCCACCGAGGACCCUUUUAGAUACUCAACAAGCAACCAGGCAAUGGCCUAUGAAAGCAAGAGCUGUCAGCUGUCUAAUUUGUGUCUGAGCAGCCUCCUAAAAGAGAAUGAGAUCGUGGAAGUCAUCAAGCAUACUAGAGGCACAUACGAAACCCUCACUUCAGAGGUCACUCAGAAUGGUUUGGCCACCAUGGCACCAAGUACAGCAAAGCCAGCAUCCAAGGCAGACAGCUACCCAGUGUUCUCAGGAACUCCAAAAGACCAAACUGCUGUACCUCGGCAGCAUACCACUUUCACAGGGAGACUUGGACAGCCUCCAAGGGGACCCAUCUCUUUACACAUGUACAGCAGAAAAAAUGUUUUCCUCCACCACAAUUUACACACAGCAGAGCUACAGACUUUAGGUCAACAAGAUGGGUAACGAGAGUUGUUUAAAGAGGAACAUAAGCUCACCUAGAACUCAGUCUUCAGUUCUGAUCUGCUGCUACUUCCACCUGAAAAAAAAUAAAGUGAAAAAUUAAUGUUGUCUGUAGGUUCUAUACUUUCCCAUCAGGGACUGUGGCAAAAGGGUGAAUUUUAAUUAAAUAGUUAAAUUAAAUUAAAAAAGUUAAAUAACUAGUUUAACUUGUCAUGCAAAAGUCACCAUGGGUAUAAAAAAUGGGACCAUUUGGCUGGCAUUUCUAGUCCAAUAUUGAGUAAUUUAUUUUUUUGUUUUCCUCUAUAAGCCACUAUCUUUUCCUGAAUUUCUAGAAGGUGAUCUUAAAUAAUACUGUGUAUGUUUAAUAAUGUUACUGUUAAAGUAGAUGUGAGGAAUGAAUAGAUAAGUAAUUAGUAAACCCUCUUGGAUUUCAUAGAGACUAGGAAAAUAAGGAGUCAGAAAUCUUUGAGGACCCUCUUUUUACGCUUUUUUUUUUAAUAAAAUGAAAUUUGCUCACUUGUAGAGGUGUGUUACCACCUCCUGCUGUAUGUAUUUUAUGAAUGCCUCAUGUCACAAGUAGAGGAAGUGACUGAUUUUCUAACAGCAAGGUUCAUAGAGGCUCACCAGGUAUUUAAGUCGGUAGUUCAGUAACUGGGUUCCAAACUGAGCAUAUCAGCUUGGUUCCUCAACCUUCCCUCCCCUCUCCCCACCUUUAUUUAACUAUAUUUGUUUGAGUAUUUUUGUUCUAUGAGGACAUGUUAAGUUGUGGUGGUGUUUGUGCUUUACAGGCACUGUAUCAGUCAUGACACAAUGUGAAGUUCUAUGCUAUGAUGUAAUGCAUCAUGUAUUUUACUUCCCAAACCAAAAAAUGGGUGAAAGACUAAAGAGAAAUUGUCUUAUUACCCAGUUCCAAUUACCAAUUAGUUAUAAUUUCUGUAGAUCAUACCAUCUGCACAACCUGACUUAUACCAACUCAGCCCAUUUGCUUGUCUUGGCAUAUCACGCACAAGUGAGCUGAAUCUAAUGCUACCUGACGUGCAGCAUGCUUGUCUCACAGCAAUAUGAAAUCAUCUGGUCACACCAUAGAACCUGUAGACUUGUCAGUAGCAAAAGAUCCUGUUUUCCCCUUUCAGAGGGCUUGAAAACGGGAAUCUCAAGUCAAGUUACUCGAGACAUGUGGCAUAUACUAAACAUGACACUUAGUUUAUAACCUUACUAAUGGAGGGUAAUCUGAAUGAUAAUAGGACAUAUAGUUAAUAGUUUAUAAAUAAUCCUGCACAUUUAAGUACAAUUGGGGCAGAUCUGAGACGAGACACCUCUCUAUUUAACUGGUGAUUAAUAUGAAAGACAAGGGUGCAGCACAUUCUCACACAAGGAAGCAAAUCAGUGUGACUUAACUGAGGUAGCAUAUAAUGGAAAAUGAAGCUUCUGUAGCCACUAAAAAUGUUGUAGCAUGUAAAAGGUAAGUCACUGUCGUGGUUUCAGCAUAUGCCACAUAGUUACAUAGGGCAUAUAAAAUGAAUUAAUGCUACAAAUUUUAUCUGAUUAACUACCUAAUAUUCAGAUUAAUACAAGCACUGAUUAGAUUAAUAAAAAAAAAUAGACUAUGAGCUUGGCAGAUAUUCUGCAAAGCCAUUUAAGCAACCUGCAUUUUCAGGAUUCUAUUUAUUGAGAUUAGGUUAGUGUAAAUUUUAUGACAUUAUCUGAUGUUGAAGAGAGCAAGUUUUGUCUAAAUGUUCUGUAGUGAUAAUUUUGGGUAUCCAGAGCUGGACACAGAAGAAUCAAGACAAACAUUUGCCAAACUCCUUUGUGUUUGUGUGUGUGUUGCUACUGCCAAAACAGAACAUGCAAAAAUUGCAAACAGAGCUUGACUGAUUCAACUAUGGGUGUUCAAGACUCCCAGUCCUGCAUUGAAACUCAUAGUUUAAAGUCUACCAAAAAGAUAAAAAUACUAGUAACAGAAUUCGUCUACUAAGAAUCAUGUGUUCUGAGCAAUCUCUUAACGUCAUGGUAGAUUGAAAGGACCGUUGGUUCUUAGUAACAAUGCAAGUCUUGAUCAUCUCAAGAUUUGAUGUGUGCAAUUAUAUUUCAGAUCUGUAAAUAAAUUAACAUACACUGUAAUCAAGGAAUUUUUUUUUUCCGGGAUACAAAUGUACUAUACUACAUUAACCCCCCCCCCAAAAAAAAAAAAAAAACCAAAAACCAACAAAACCAACAAACAAACAAAAACAAAAAAAACAGAAAAAAACCCUCUUCAAUUUUAACUUAUGUUCUAUAUCUGUUGUUUUGGUUGGUCUUUUUUUUCCUGGAAAAAUGGACCUUUGGAUUACACUUUAUUAAAAAAAAAAAAAUCCAUCUAUACAUUUCAAAAAGAACAUUUUAAAUGCUACUAUUUUCUUGGAGAAUCUUUUAUAAAGCUGAAUCUUAAACUGGGGAAAACAGUUCAGUUAAAGUAAGGGAUAUUUUUAAAAAUGUCAUCUUGAAGCUGUUUUGUAUCAGUAUUUUCAGCACUGUUAUAUUAUUUGUAAUACUAAGUGUAAAUCUCACCCAGAGAAGGGUAUUAGCCACAUGUUAAUGUACAGUACGGCAGUAACUGUAAAACAGAGGUGCUUUCUUUGAUCCUCUUCUGUAUAUAGUAAAUCAUAAAGUAACAGCAUGCAGACAUUCUUGCAGUGAAUUGAUUCCUUUGUACUAAAAAUCUCUAGUUUUUUAAGAGUUCCAUGUAUAAAAUGAUUUAUACAUUUCUCCAAGGCUGUACAUAUCCAAAGACAUGACAGCGGGGGAAAAGGCACCUUUUAUUUUUUCCACAGAUAUACCUUUUUUCCAUUUUUUAUGUGUUUCUGUAUCACAAAGCAUAACUAGAAUUUCUACUGAAAAUUACUUCUUAUUAAUUCCAUAUCUUUAAGUGUGUAAGAGAACAUCUUAAGGAGGAGGAAGUCCCCAAAGAAAAGCUGUUUUUAUUUGAAGCAAUGCCUCAUUAUUUGAAGCAAUCACUUGGCAAAACAUUAGAUCUGUGCCCUAAAUAUUUUUUUGUAAUUUAAUAGAGCCACACCUGAAAUGGUAUAUCAUCUCUGGACUUAUCUUUACUUCCUCUACUAGAGUGCUUCUACAGGAUUUGUUUAUAAGAUAAAAUAACAUGCUAGGGCGAGCCCUGGUCAUAAAUUAUUGAGAAGGAAGGAAAGCACCUGUCCAGUAAUGUUCUUAUUUUGGCUUUCAGAGCAGUGGGAAGGGUUUUUUUGGUAUACCUUGUGCACACAAAUGAAGUUCAAGCUGUCUGCUUGUGCAUGCUUGGAGGGAGAAGUCUUAUAACAAAACUCUCCCCUGUUUAGGCUAUUUAGCAGUAUCUGAAAGCAUCAAGCAACAUAAAUUUCUGCCACCUUUUCAAGACAGGCAGACCCUCAAUGCAUAAAAUGAAACAGCCAGAAUAGAUUGUUUUUUCUCCAUCUAUACUGUUAUAUUUAACUUUAUUGCUUUUCAUUCCAAAAUACGUACAUCCACCUAAAUGUUAGAAGGGCUUUCCUUUAUUUGUCUUUUUUCUGAAAAUUUUGACAGAGAGUAUAUCCAGACUAGGAUGUUCACAUGAGAUUUGGAUAAGCAUUUGGAUAAGCAGCUUACCUAGGCUGCUCAUGUUUGUCCUCUCAGUUCAUUGCAGUCACUGCCUAAAUAUUGGCGUUUUUCCUUUUCCUAAAAGCCAGUUUGGAAGUAGUGAUUUCUGUCUGUGCUUAUUUGUUGUAUACUGUUAAAUACACAGUAUACUCUGCAAAAUAAUCAAAAUAGGCUAUUACAAAUCAGUACUGUGGUUUAUAUGCUAUAACUGUUCUGGCAUAUUUCCACAGGUUUAAUUGGUAUGACAUUGACUUCAAUUUGACUAUACUGUGUUAAAUCACUUGACUAUUGGGAUUGGCCUUUAAUCCAACUAGCCUCAGUUUAUGCCUAGAUCUCUGAAUUCGGAAAUCUUUCCUGGUUUACAAAACAGACAAGAAAAUAUUUGACCUAGCAAAAAUGCCAGUUCACAAUCUAUAAUGAAUGUACUUGGGGUUUGUUUGUUUUGGUUUUUUUACUUCCUUCACAUUCAAAAGCAAAAAUAACCCCUGCAAAACUCUUUAUACAUCUAUGUAGGUCAUAAAUGAAGUCCAGUGGAAUAACAGUGACCUCUAACACAAAUUUGAAAGAAAUACCUGGAGCAAAAAAUCCAUGGGAGUAUGUUUACAGACAUUUGUAGUGGUUUGAAAGCAUAACUUAUGUAUCUGAGCACAUUAAUGAAAUAUAUCCUAUGACAUCUUUUCUUCCACUCUCGCUAAUGAUGAUUUCUUUUCUGGAGGAGAAUUUGCUGUUUAAAGCUUGUUCCAGGUGAAGUAGGCAUUAUAGAGUGAGAAAGUACAUUGAAAGUAACAGUAGAGGUCUUCUCGCAGCUUGGAGAAACACACAGCAUUAUUUCCAGGAUUUUAAUGUUCUUCAGUCAGCAAGAAGUUAGCAGAGAUCCCUCAGGAAAACAUACUCAGAUCAUGCAGGCCAUGGCUGCCUUUAAAUGGAGUUUAGUCUAAUGUCUUAUGUAAGGCACUUCUAAGAUCAUUUGGAAAUUUCAGCAGAUGCAGAAUGUAUCUUGCUGAUUUAUUUAUUUAUUUAUUUAGAUGAAAAUGCCAUGUGCUGUUUUUAACCUAGUAAAUUCUGUUUGGGUCUUGCUUCCUCACUGAUGAUUUGUCCAGGCUGUGAGAGUGUAUCCACUGUGAUGCAUAUUUUACUAACACUAUCUAACAAAAAAAAAAAAAAAAAGAGAAAAAAAUACCUUAAUUGGUAUGAAUUUCCUAUAAAUCUGAGAUUCUCAAUAGCUAUGACUGUCACUUCCAUUUUGUACAGCUGUGAAAUGCUUUUGGAUUUGCCAUUUUUGUUACUUUCAUUAGCAGCAAAUCAUUACCCUAGUUAUGUUUUGGGUUUGGGUAUUUUUUCCCCUCAAACUGUACUUGAAACACACAGGGAGGACUGUUGAGGAUUUCUGCAGAAGUAAUCCUGGUCCUAUGAAAGCAGGGCAACAGUAAGUUUACCUGAAGGUAUCUGUAUGAUUCCCAGGGAUGGAAAACCUAUUCUGAUUGAUCUUAACUAUGAAAGAUUUGUGAAAAUCUGAUAAAUAUCUGUUGGUUUUCCAAAUCCAUAUAGAGAUUAUAGAGCAGAAAAUACUCCACUGUGAAGAUUUUUCUAGUGCACAAAUAAUACCUCCUUAUAUUUUGCAUUGUGACCCUCGCUCUUGUGUCUCUAGAUUUCAGAAACAUUCUCUUCAGGUAUAAACUUGUGCUGACUAUGUAGACAGGUUGCACCACGGUGUCCUUUCUGCUUUAAGAAGGCCCACUGGAUUUUUUUAAUAUCUGAUUAUCAAAAUAUUGAGUAUUUUCUCUCAGAACUGUUGUGCUACUGCUAAAGUAGUAUGCACUACAUUCAUAGAAAAAAAAACCCACUCCCUAACUGAAGGCUUCAACUCUAUUGGUGAGUUGUCAUUACAGCUGGUUUACAUAUACCCCAAAAGACUGCCAAACUUAAUUAAGCACCUAUAUAAACAAAUAUAUUGCCUGAUUUGAUCCUGCUUUUAUCACACUGAAAAAGACGUUGUUCUAAAUGUAUAUGGAUAUAAACAGUAGUAGUAGAAUUUUAAUUUGUUUUUUAUUUUCCAUUAUGUUGAAGCACUUUAUAUGAGGGCUUAAUAUGAACUACAAAUUAGCUUGUGUUCUUUUUCUUACCUAAACUGGAUUUCAACAGGGUUUUAAAUUCUCUGCUUAACUUUAAGCAUGUGAAUAAUCCCAUCAAAGUAAAACAAUCAAAUCCUGCUUCUUUGAAAAGAUAAUAAAAAAUAAUAUUUUUUCUAACAAUUUCAUUCAUGUUUGUUGUUUGAAACUUAUGAUAUAUAAAAAGUAUUUUUACUUAAUCUACAUAUAAAUACUCUUCAAAAACUCCAGAGAAGUAGAAAAGAUAAAAAACAGCCUUCUGCUCAAGUCCCUUCUCCAGCAAUACCAUCAGCCUUUGUUUUCUGAAUUAUUAAUUUAAAGAAAAAAAUCUUCCUAUUUCUUUCCCAUGGUUAAGAGUGUGAAAAAAAAAAAAAAAUGUUUUUGUACAUACUCUACAGAUUUUGUGUACGGAUGAUCAAUAUUAUAGGGAGAAUAUAAGCAGUCAAAGUCCUUAAUCAGUGAUGUAUCUGAUGUUGUUUAAGCAAGAGGGUCAACAGUAUAUAAAAGUAUAUGUAAAUGAAGAAUAGAUGUUUUGUAGCUGGGAAAAAUCUAAUGGAAGGGUAAUGGGAGACAGACUGAUAGCUCUUUUUCUGUUGCGGGGGUGGUUGUGCCUAGCCUUUUUCUGUGAAAUACGCUGAAGUAAUAUUUAAAAAAUAAAUCUCUUGGAACAACAAGAAAUGAGAUAAAAUGAUCACAUAACACCAUAAAACAUGGAUAAGGGUACUUCAGUAUUUUGAUAAAACAGCAUCUGAGUGAACGUACAUCUUUUUAUUACCAUGGUAGUAUCUUUGUCUGAAGGAUAAGUGAAACAACACAAUUGCAUUGUAACAGAAAUAAUUCAGACAAAAAAAAAAAAAAAAAAGAUUGUAUCUCUGAAGCCUUGCACUUUGUGUAGUCAUUUCUGACUAUCUGAAGUAGGCUUGUAGAAUUGUAUUUCAUGCAGCAUGGUAAUGCCCUUAUGCAACGUAUUGGCAUACUCUAAACAAUAUGGAAACAUUGAAGAGAGUCAUGACCCAGAACCUACAUUGAGCUGCAUUUAGUUUAUAGGGUCAUGGGUUUGAUUUUCCUUUCCAAUGAAGGACAACGGUUCUUAUGAGAAAACUUUUGCAUAAAUAUCUCCAAAAACAGUUUGGCCUAUGUGAAAUUCAAACUGAUUUAAAAUUAGGCCAACUUUAUUUUUAAAUAGUACAUAUUCUUUAAUUCUGCUAAUGGCCAUUAGAGUGCUUUAGGCUUUUUUUUUUUUUUUUUUUAAACUGAAUUGUUCUCCUUUAUGUAUUAAAAUUGGACAUCAUAUCUGAUAGUUUUCUUAUUGUGUACUUUUUCAUGAGUACCUUGCUGGCUUUUUUUUUAAACUACUGACCACUAUAAAUAUUGAAGGGCCAGUAAGUCAUUAUGUUUUGUAUUAUAUAAUGCUAAACAUCCAUUUAAUUUCAAUAACAGUACACUGCACUGUUAUAUACUAUUGAAAGCAAUUUUUAAAAUGUGAUUGGCAAUACCAUACAGAUUACUUGAAUUAGAAGCUUUAAAAGAGUAACAACGAUGAGAAAAGGAGGAAAAUAAUACUCACUUGAAGAUUAAGUUUAAAUAAUGCACUUGAAGAUUAAGUUUAAAUAAUGCACUGUUGAAGAUUAUUGAAAAGAGUAAGUUGUACACAAGACAAUGGAAAUCUUUUUCACUGAACGUAGGAUUUUGGGAUUUAAUUGAUAUAGAUGGUAACUUAAAUUUAAAACAAAAGAUAUUAGAAUAUUUUUUCUAAGAGAUAACACACUUAAACAUAACACAAAAAACACUUAAAGAUAACACAAGGUACCUUACUUCCAGAUAUGUUCCAAAAAGAAACCUCUAAGAUAUAUCUAGGUUCUGAUUGGCAUUUUAGUGGUUUUACCCUACAAAGCCAUAAAUUAAUUAAAUUCUUUUUCUUAUUUAACAGGCAAAUAUUAUUUAAUAUUUUAAAAUGUUCCAGGCAUAAUCCUUACCUUUGAUUUUAUUAUCACAGUACCCCAUUUUUUUAAUUGUUUUGAGGUUUUGUGAUGUGUGCAAUAAGAACCUGAUUGUUUCAAAUUCAGUCUUUGUGCACUGAUUGAAAAAAAAUACUUAGCCUUUGGAGACAAAUGCUGUUGUCUUUGAAGAAUAUCAAGCAGCAUUAUGUUGGGUUUUUUAAUCAGAUUAACUGAUUUCUGUGGGUUACUUUGAAGAGUUAUGACAGUUCAUAAAACAGUACUAUGGAAUUCUAUUGGUAUUAUUUAAUUGACAUUUGCUCAUAUUUCUAGUUGGCAUAUUUUAUUUUUACUUUUGAUGGAAAAAUUAAAUAUUAUUUUUGAAUAUGUAACAGAAUUUUGAUUUUAAACUUUGCUGUAGAGGUGCAUAUUCAGAUACUUCCAUAUUUGAAGUGGACAUAAAGGGCUCUUACACUUUUUCUUUCCUUUCUGCCAAAAGAGAAUUGGUUAAUAAAAAUCCUAUGUUAUUCUAUGA